GAUUACUGGAAAGAUAAAGAUAGAAGGGAGAACAACAUUGACUACAGCAGUGGUAGCCGAUAUUGCUCAAGCUGGUAUUCUGGGAGUAGAAUACAUGUUAACCAGUGGAGCUGUUAUAAACUUCAACAAGUUGGAGAUGUCUUUUGAUGACGGAGAGAUGACAGAGCGACACCUUGUGCAAGAUGAGCAGACUCAAAGAAUGAAUACGACAUCAUUGAAUGCACCGAAGAAGCAGAAACAGCCAUCCUCUGACCGAGCAUCAUUACCACUUCCCAUGCAAAGAUCUAAGAAAAACGAGAGAAGAGUAACAUUUACUGAGGUUCUAAAGCAGAAUAAGAAGGCAGCCUUUGAUAAGAAUGUUGAUGCUGAGGGAAGUGACCUGGAAGAGGAGGAAGCCAAAAAACCAAGAGUUAUGGCCAGGGAACAACACAAGGAAGAGAAUUCUACUGGGUCUGAUCCACCAUACCCAUUUGCCCCUCGGGUUUGUCAACUGAUGGCAGACGAGGACAUUCCACCCUAUUCAAGUAAGCUGUUAAAGGUCCACAUUGCUCCUACAGAGGAGGCAAGUCAGAUGGGGAUCAUCGAAUCGGUGUUACCAGAUGCUCUAGAAUCUGAUGAAGUGGAGGUGGUUACUUCCCUGACUGAGGCACGAGAUGGGAUUGCUCUUAUCAAGCUGAGGAAUUGUUCUGCGCAUCCAGUUAGAUUGGAGAUGGGCACAAUACUUGGUGUGUUUAGCUCAGUGGAGAAUCUAGUGUCUCAUUUAGAAGAGCCCCCAGAAGCAGUAAAUCGAAUCUCGGAGAAGAGAGAGCCAGUGGACAAAGAGCCGAUGGCAGGACAGUUGAAAAAUUGUCCACUGAUAGAAGAACAGGGGGAAAGAAAUCCAGCCCUGUCAACUAAGCCCAGAAAAAGGAGGGGGAAGCAUUCGAGGUCACAAUUCAGGCCAAGGACCUGUGAGAGAAACAAACCUGCAAACGAGUAUGCCAGAAAGAGGAUUCUGCACAGGGAGGGUUAUCUCAGGAGCUCCUCACACCAGUGGUACUAUCCAGCUAAGAGCUCCCCUUGUAAGAGGAACUAUCCUUCUAAGAAUUCAUCGUACAAGGAGCAUCCUCCAAAGAGCUCAAUGCAUCAGAAAACAAGUCCAAUUGGUGCUCCUCCAUGGAGCAUACCCAAGUCAGCGAGCAAAACACAGAAAGACCAAGAGCCUCUGAGAGCUGACAAGCUCUUCCUGUAAAGAAGGCACCAGGAGUCAGAGAGUGAAGACAGUUAUCAGUUACAGUACAUUUGUUUUGAUAAUUUGCAGGAAUUUUGUUUUAUGUGAGGGCACAUAAAAGCUAGAAGGGGGGUAUGUGGGAAAAUUUCAUUUUUUGUGUUUGUCCUUUUUAAUUUUCCCACUGGUGCAGAUUAUUGUUUAAUUCAGUGUUUAAUGGUCCAUUUAUUCAAGGGAUGGGGAAACCCCUGCUCACAAGUGGGUAUUCCAAGACAGGAAGGGGAAUCCCCUCAAUUGCUGCAAUGCAGUGCCCCUGAUUUCAAAAUGUGUUCACCUGUGCCUAUGACUCAUGCCAUCACAUGAUAGAGAAGGAAGGUCGCCAUCUUGAAGGAAGCAGCGUGAAUCAAAGGUUGGGAGGAAAUCCACAUUUAUCACACUUUAGAGUAGCCAUCUGCUAAGGAUUCGGGAUUAAUAACGAAUGAUAAAGCGGGAAGACGCACCAGGAGGUUCUUGAAGGAGAAACAACAGAGAAAACCUGAAUUUUUGGCAACUUAGAGAAAGAAGCAUUUAUUCGGGUGAGGUUUUUCCUUUUUGUUGAUUUGAUUUUAUGGCCAGCAUGCUACUAGAUGCCUCUGACUGACUGUAAUUUUUCAUUCCAUGUGUACCAGAAUUUGUAACUUCAUGGCCAGCAUGCUACUGAGAUGCCUCUGACUGACUGUAGGUUCUAAUUCAUCGGGUAUUGAGAUCUACUGUGUGUCGCCAUUUUGUGUCCCAGGCUUUCCAAAGUGAGAUAUUUGUCAGAUUUAAUGUAAAACAACACCGUGUCAUUAAUUGCCUAAAGUGUUGUCAAGAAUUCUUCACAGUUCAGUGCUGUCCUAGGGGAAGCAGCAAGGAACAACCUGCAAGCAGCCUUGCAUUAUCGUUAGGUGAAAUUGGGAAACUUCCCAACACGGCGAACUAAUUUUGUCAGUUGGUUUCACCGCUGACAGAAAUAGUUCCAGGAAGACUUCCAUCGCAUCGGGCAGUGAGGAGUCUUCCCAGAAAACUCAAGAGCCAUAGAGGCAGAGCAAGGCUAAAGAGCCAGAAGAGUCGAGUCAAGAGUCACAGUGAACUAUUUUGUCAGUUGGUUUCACCGCUGACAGAAAUAGUUCCAGGAAGACUUCUAGAGCAAAGAGCAGCUAGGAGCCUUCCCAGUAAGAAGAGGAACCAAGCUUAAGGGCUAGAGGAGCCAAGCUAAAGAGCUGGACGAGGAGCCAGAGGAGCCAAGUCCAGGAGCUAAAGGAGCCAAGCUUAAGAGCCAGAGGAGCCACGUUCAAGAGCCAGAGGAGCCAAGCUAAGGAGCCAAAGAGCUGGACGAGGAGCCAGAGGAGCCAAGUCCAGGAGCUAAAGGAGCCAAGCUUAAGAGCUCAACGAAGAGCUAGAGGAGCCACGUUCAGGAGCCAGAGGAGCCAAGCUCAAGAGCCAGAAGAGCCAGGCUA